UCUCUCUCUAAAUAGAUGCCCUAAUCUUUUCCAGCAGAAUGCCUUCAUAAAAAUUUCGAAUCUCUUACUCACUCAUCUAUUUAUCGAUUCAUCUCUCUAUACAAAAUGCCCUAAUUUUGAUUUUGAUUUUCUAAACAGAAUGUCUCUAUUUUGAAUAUCCCUCAACGAAUCUAUUUAUCGAUUCAUCUCUCUCGAUUUCGAUUUCGAAAUUUAUGUUUCGCUCCACCGCCAUCACCAUCUGCACCAACAAGGUAGGUGAGCUCUCUCUCUCUCUCUCUCAGCCCUCUCUAAAUGCUUAUCAUUCGCAGAGAUUCAAAUCGGUUUUGAUUUCGAAGCUCCACUGCCAUCACCAUCUGCACCAUCGUCUACUAAGUGACUACUUGUUCAAGCUUUUGCUGAUUAGAGAUUCUGGAGUUGGAAAAUCAUGUCUUCUUUUGAGAUUUGUUUUCCUCUUUUUUGAUCCCUUCAAUUUUGUUUUUCUAGAAUGGCCAUCAAAGAAGUUGGUUUAUCUGAUGCUGCAUUGGACGCAUUGGUGCAGUGUUUUUCCAAAAAACCUUCUGAAAUCAAGAGAUAUGAACCACCAUCAAACAUCUCAUACAGGAGAGAUAUACGAAGUUCUUAGUAAGGGAGAGAAUUCUGUGGAGGGCCCUGGGAAUUCAUUUCUUGAUAAAGAUCUUGAAGCAACUCUUGAUUCUUUUCACAACCUAUUUUGUCAUCGAUGUCUUCUCUUUGAUUGUAGGCUGCAUGGAUGUUCCCAGGAUCUUGUCUUUCCAGUAAGUUGGUUGCUUGAUUUUGGUUAUCAUUGUUAUAAAAAUUGUAGUUGUCUGCUAUUGCUGAGGACUUUUAUUCAGUAAUUUAUCAAUUGUCAAGCUGAGAAACAACUUUCAUGGAGCUUUCCAGAUGAGGAACAUAUACCAUGUGGUCCGCAUUGUUAUAAACUAGGAAGGGUGACUAUUUAAAAUAACAUUCAGUAGCUUGAACUUCUCAUAUUUAUUUUUGUUAUCUAUUCACUACACAUCUUUUAUUGGCUUUGUUUUUAUUAUUAUUAUGUUUUACAAUUGGCAGAGACCGAGAGGAUUGAAGGCCAUGGAAAGCAGCAUGGAGAGCGAUUCAGAAUGACAAUGAAGGAUGGAUGGGGGUUGGUGUUUUGGUUCACUUUCUUCAUAUUUUGUGUUAAAAUCCUUUGGAUUUUUAUUUCUUCUUUUUUCUUUUUUUCCUCUGAUCUGACUGGGGGGUGGGGUGUUUUGGUUCACUUUCUUCUUAUUUUUUGUGUUAAAUGGGGGAGUGGUGAGAGAGAAGAGGGUAAUGUUAUUUUGUUGCUAUGUAUAUAAGGUAGUAAUUUUUUGAUUGAGAAUUGUAAAUUCAAUUUUGGAUAUGUUAU